AUGUUUGGUGUGUGCUCAUCACUGACAAAAAUUAUUGCCAAAGGUCCUCAGUUACUUCAUCAGCAAACCAGGAAUACUUUUAUAUUAAAAAGGAAAUGGCCUCCUCCAUUACACAAGAAAGGUGGUAAACCUUCGAAACUCAGAGGUAGACAUUUUGUGUAUGAUUUAGUUGAAGAUACAAAUGUAGCUAAAAAACCGGACAUCAAAGUGAUUUUGAAUCAAUUCAUAGACGGUGUUGGUAAUGCUGGUGAUGUGCUAUCACUAAGACCAACUAUUGCUUAUAGAGAUUAUCUUUUGCCUGGCUUAGCUGUAUAUGCAAGCCCUGAGAAUAUGGAUAAAUACAAAGUAGAUGAAAGUAAACCAAAACGUGAAUCGGAAUAUAGUUCUGCACAUGUUCAAAGGACAAUGGGGUGUCUAUCUCGUCUUGUAUUACAAAUAACAAUGAGCAAAUCAGAACCAUGGAUACUGGAACCUUGGCAUGUUAGAACAAGUUUUCGUAAAGCAGGAUAUGUAGUGCCUGAAUAUGCUAUAACAAUGCCACCAAUUACUAUCAAAGGCCCAGACAUGACUCUUCAAGAAAAAGAAUUUUUUGUUACAGUUAAAAUCAACAACAAGGAGGAAGUCAAAGUUAGAUGCAGAAUCCAUCACUGGGCUACAGGUCUUGAGAGAUUACCAUGGGUAGAAGCUCAUUGGAAGAAACCAUUAGAGGCACUGAUUCCUGAUCAAGCUCCUAUUCUAGAAAAUAUGCCAUUGGCCAAU